GUCCUAACAAACAUUACGUUCAGUCCUGGACAGAUACUGCAACAACCCACAUCACUGGCGUGUAGCUACACACUUUUCGCUGCGAAGAAGUAAGUGGAUAAAAAACGGAAUACAACGAUACGAACUACCGAACUAGGAGAAGUUGAGCCGAAGGACAUAGGAAGGACGCAAAAGGAAGCAUUUCCCUCUGUGUUGCAAAGCUGUGGCUUGUUGGACAAAGUCUUGUUCUCGACUCUGUGCAUGUUGAAAUCGGAGGAGUGCAUUGGUACGGUGACUCGGUCAGACACCGUCCAGUUUCCAAGCAGAGCGGCCGGAGCGGAAGGCAACACCGGAGGCAUGAUUUUGAGAAGGGGCUCCGUUGUUGGCGUUGCUGAUUUUUGCUUACAUGCCUUAUUGUUGUGCUUUUGUGCAAAGGUGGCCGAGGGAACCGGUCAGUUCGAGUUGGAGAUCUUAUCGAUGAACAACCGGAACGGCGAGCUUCUUAGCGGGCUGUGUUGUGACGGCUCGCGGAUCACCGGGGAUCGGAAAUGCAGGAUGGAUGAGUGUGAUACGUUUUUUAAAGUGUGUUUGAAGGAAUACCAGUCGCGGGUUUCGGCUGCGGGACCUUGCAGCUUCGGGUCCGGUUCUACCCCUGUCCUUGGAGGGAAUACAUUUUCUUUGAAGAAUUCGGCGAAGAACGAAAGAUCCAAGAUUGUUUUGCAGUUCAGUUUCGCCUGGCCGAGGUCCUACACGUUGAUAGUGGAAGCCUUGGACGCUAACAAUGACACCAGCGGUGAGUGGCUCUCUGUGUGUGGUGAUGGUCAGGUGAUUGAGAAGGCGUCCCACAGUGGGAUGAUCAACCCCAGUCAUCAGUGGCAGAAGCUCAGCCACAACGGUCCUAUUGGUCAGUUUGACUAUCAGAUCCGGGUCAGCUGUGACGAGCACUACUAUGGCUUCGGAUGUAACAAGUUCUGCCGACCCCGAGACGAGUUCUUCGGGCACUACACCUGCGACGACAACGGGAAUAAGACCUGUCUGGAGGGCUGGUCUGGACGAGAAUGUAACACACCUAUUUGUCGGCAGGGCUGCAGUACAGAACAUGGACACUGCAAAGAGCCAGGUGACUGCAAGUGUCUGUAUGGCUGGCAGGGGCAGUACUGUGACCAGUGUAAUCCUCACCCUGGCUGUGUCCAUGGAACCUGUGUUGAACCAUGGCAGUGUCUGUGUGAUACCAACUGGGGAGGACAUCUCUGUGACAAAGAUCUGAACUUCUGUGGGACCAAACAGCCCUGUCUGAACGGAGGAACCUGCAGCAACACGGGACCUGACAAAUACCAGUGUUCCUGUGUUGAGGGCUACUCUGGAGUCAACUGUGAGAGGGCAGAGCAUGCAUGUCUGUCUGAGCCCUGCUCUAAUGGAGGGAGCUGUGUUGAGACCAGUCUGGGUUAUGAGUGUGUCUGUCCCCCGGGCUGGAGUGGACCCUCGUGUAGCCUCAAUGUGGAUGAGUGCUCUCCUAACCCCUGUAACCACGGUGGGACCUGUCAGGAUCUGGUUCAUGCCUAUAAGUGUCUCUGUCCUCCUCAGUGGACCGGCAAGACCUGCCUCAUCGACGCCAACGAAUGCGACAGCAAGCCCUGUGUCAACGCCAACUCUUGCCGCAACCUGAUUGGUGGAUACUUCUGCGAGUGCGUUCCUGGUUGGACGGGACAGAAAUGUGACAUCAAUAUCAAUGACUGCAAGGACCAAUGCCAGCACGGAGGAACCUGCAGGGACCUGGUGAGCGGGUACCGCUGUGUGUGUCCUUCGGGUUACUCUGGAGACCACUGUGAGAGAGAUGUGGAUGAGUGUGCCGGCUCUCCCUGUCUGAACGGCGGGCGAUGCCAAGACCAGGUCAACGGAUUCACCUGCCUCUGUCUGCCAGGAUUCUCGGGACAAAUCUGUCAGUUGGACGUAGACUACUGCCUCGUCAACCCAUGUCAGAAUGGAGCCGCGUGUCUCAACCUGGCGGCUGGUCACCACUGUGCCUGUUCAGACGACUACGAGGGAAAAAACUGCUCUCACCUCAAAGACCACUGUCACACCAGCACGUGCAAAGUGAUUGACAGCUGCACGGUUGCCGUGGGAUCCAACAGUACCCCUGGAGGGGAGCGGUACAUCUCCUCCAACGUGUGUGGUCCUCACGGACGCUGUCGGAGCCAGGCUGGAGGACAGUUCAGCUGUGACUGUCAGGAGGGCUUCAGAGGCACAUACUGUCACGAGAAUAUUAAUGAUUGUGAGAGCAACCCGUGUGGUAACGGAGGAACCUGUAUAGAUAAAGUCAGUGUAUACCAGUGUAUCUGUGGAGACGGCUGGGAAGGGGCCCACUGCGAGACCAAUAUAGAUGACUGCAGCACUAGUCCAUGUCAUAAUGGAGGAACAUGUCGAGACCUAGUGACUGAUUUCUUCUGUGAGUGUAUGAACGGCUGGAAGGGGAAGACCUGCCACUCCCGUGAGAGUCAGUGUGACGAGGCUACCUGUAACAACGGAGGGACAUGCCAUGAUGAGGGAGACACCUUUCAGUGCAAGUGUUCCCCUGGAUGGGAGGGGGCUACCUGUAAUAUAGCUAAGAACAGCAGCUGUCUUCCUAACCCCUGUCAGUACGGAGGAACCUGUGUGACCAGUGGGGACUCCUUCACCUGCGUCUGCAAGGAGGGCUGGGAGGGAGACACCUGUAAACAGAAUACCAACGACUGCAGCCCACACCCAUGUUAUAACAGUGGGACCUGUGUGGAUGGUGAUAACUGGUAUCGAUGUGAAUGUGCUCCAGGCUUCGCUGGGCCAGACUGCAGAAUCAAUAUCAACGAGUGCCAGUCUUCUCCCUGUAUCUUUGGUUCCUGUAUUGAUGAGAUCAAUGGCUACCGCUGCCUGUGUCCCCAAGACAGAGCUGGACCACGCUGUCAGGAAGUGACUCAGAGGCCGUGCUCUGUGAACGGUCGUCUGACCGCUGAAGGAUCGAAGUGGGAUGAGGACUGCAACGCCUGUCAGUGUUUUAAUGGGAAGGUGGUGUGUACCAGGAUGUGGUGUGGUCCUAAGUCGUGCCGGGUCAGCGGUGGGGUCAAAAGUCGAGGCAGCGGAGGAGGCGGGGCCGGGUGUCGGUCUGGUCAGAGCUGUGUACCAAUCAGGGAGGAGCAGUGUUUUGUCCGGCCGUGUCUGAAUCUUGGGGAGUGCCACCCCUCCUCCCCACCAACCACCAAAUGUCACCCCAGCUCCGGUUACCACGACAACAGCUGCUCCAACAUCACGUUUACGUUCACCAAGGAGACCAUGCCCAGGGGUCUGAGUAUCGAGGCAGUGUGUAAGCAGCUGAGACAACUCUAUGUGCUGAAUAAUGUGUCCUCUGAGUAUUCUGUUUCCAUAACCUGUGACCCUUCAACCUCCGCCAGCAACGAGAUCCAUCUCAGCAUCUACACAGAGGACCACCUGAUGGACAGAUCCCCUAUAAAGGAGGUAACAGAAAGGCUCGUCGAUCUGGUGUCUCAACACCAUGGCAAUAACAGCAUCAUCACCGCCAUCGCCAAGGUCCGUGUGCAGCGGAGGCCUAGCGCCAGCCAGACGGACUACCUAGUACCCUUGCUGUCCUCUGUCUUCAUUCUCCUCUGGAUCCUGGCGUUGGUCUCGGUCUUCCUCUACUGCGUGCGUCGCCGUCGGAAACAUGGCAGUCACCAUGGCAACGGAGCCUUGUCGUCCGCGGCAACCGACGACAACACAACCAACAAUGUGCGUGAGCAGCUCAACCAGAUCAAGAACCCGAUCAACGAGAAACACGCCGGAGGCGGCGGCCAUCUUACAGCAUCGGUGGCCAUCAAGGACUACGAGGAUAAGAACUCGAUCAUCGCCAAGGUACGGACACACCACCCCCCGGAGGGGGAGGAGGACAACGAUAAAGAGAGACAUAUGGGGAAUAAAGGACGCUUUACGGUUCCAGCCAAGCAACCCGCCUACACACUGGUGGAGCGGGAAGACUGGGGCCUCAAUGGAGGCCUGGGGGCCAACGGGCCCAACGACGGGGACGCCAGCUCCAAACACUGGACUAAUAAACAGGACAACAGAGCCCUGGAGACGGCACACAGCAUGAACAGGAUGGACUACAUCGUAUAGCAGGAAGUGACAUUGGAGGCAGGAAAUAAAAGCUGUGUAAAGAAUUCUCCUUCCUGGACUUUAUGGUCACCCCGGCAGCGUGGUCCUUCUGACACGUUCUGUGGACAGUGUUGCCGUGCAACCAAACCCUUUGAUCAUGCUGAAGAGGACCAGAGGGUGUUCUGGGAUUUGUAGUUUUGUAGUUCCUAAACUGUUACGUCAUUAUUCUGUGACUACAAGGUUGGUUUGUUUUGGAUAUAAUGAAUGGUAUGUCAGAUGUGGUACCCUUCUCUAUUUAGUGCACUGCUUUUGACCAGAGCCCUAUGGGCCAAGUGUACGAUGUAGGGAGUAGGUUGCUGUUUUAGACGUUGCUCCUGAUAAUUUAACGCUAGCUGGCUACACUGGCAGAGAAGGUUGCUUUGUUUGGCAGGAUAAGAGGGUGUUGUGUUUUCACAAUUCAACACGACACUUAUUCCCUAUAUAACGCACUUCUUUUGAGUAGAGCCCUAUGGGCCCUGGUCUAAAGUAGUGCACUAUGUAGGGAAUAGGGGGCCAUUUCAGACACGCAUUGCUUUAAUGUAUUUCUCUCUCUCUAGUAGGUAUAAACUAGUUUUGUUUACCUUUUCAGUUUCAUAGCAAUGUCAUGAAAGUAAACCAAAAAUAAAUACAACUUUAGAAUUAUUUAUUCUUUGGGCGGGUGGGGUCGAUGUCAGCAGUUGCAAUAUGAAGAAUUUGUGUCUGUUUAGAAUGUGUAGAUAUGUACAUUUAUUUUUUAUUAAUCAUUGUGUAUAUUUGAUUUAUUAACUUAAAUAAUAAUCAAGAGCCUUAAGACAUCCUUUUUAUUUAUAUGUUCUGUCUCUAGAUGUAAGGUUUUGACAGCUUAGUUUCUUUUUUUUGAUAGUGAACAUGUUUUUCAUUUACAAAAUGCCCCAAAAAAAUGCUAUUUUUUUGUUGUUGCCUGAAAUAUUUUUGUUGUUGUUUUGUUUAUGAUUCUACAGCGUCCAUUGUUGCUUAGACUUUGCAGGCUAGAGGGGAAGAAGAAAUAAAAACAAAAUACAAAUAAAUGGUUGCUUUUGGGUUGUAAAACGAUUCAGAGAUUGAGUGUAGUGGCAGACAUUUUCCUUGUGAUUACUAAUUGAACAAAAAUCCUUUAGCAGCAUCUUAAGUCACUCAUAAUCACAUACUCAGAAAACAAGUAUAUCUGCCAAUCACGCAUAAAGUCAUAGCUAGACCCAGGACUUGUCCCACAUGGCACCCUAUUCCCUAUGGGCCCUGGUCAAAAGUAGUGCACUAUAAAGUGAAUGGGGUGCCAUUUGGGAUGUAACCCAAUCAUACUUGAAUGUUAGAGGGUCAACAGUCCCGGAUCGAUUUGUGCUAUCAGAUCCAUUGCAUGCAUGAACAAACCGAACAGGGCCUGUAAUUCAUACAUUCUUUCAGAAUAAGAGAGCUGAUCUUGGAUCAGGUCCUGCCUGUUCAUAUAAAUUGUAUUCAUUAUCUGAAAGGCCAAACUGAUCCUUAUACCAGCACUAUGAAUUGUGGGCCCUGGAACUCUCUACGAAGCAGCCACAAUUCGUUAGCUAAAUUUAUAAUAAAUGAACCACCCGAUGUAACUGUUUAUGUUAGUGUCUAUAUAUAUAUAUAUAUAUAUAUUUCUGUCAACUUCCACCCAGAUAAUGGUGUCUCAUCCUGUUAUUUGUAGCCAAAAAUUGGGAGAGAACAAACACCUCAAACGGACCGUUACAUUUUUUUUUUAAGCUUCCUGUUUCCUUAUUGUUGCGGUCGACUCACAUGAAUAUAUUUUAUGUCCGUUAUAUGCCCACACCAUUAAAACACGGAAAAGCUGCUUAACGUACUUAAUUAUUUUUUAGGAAGGAAAAAUGUCACUCAUUUGUAAUUAAUUAUACGUGAUAUUUCAUAAAUCCAGGAAACAGUGGACAAUGAGAAAAGAUAAUAUUUGUGUUGACCCAGUUGGACAACGUUCAAGUUCAUUUUUCAAGUAAGUUAUUUACAAAUAUUUAGUCAAUUUAGCUCAAGCAUUGACCUGCAUUGUGCUGCCGGAAGUUCUUUAGUUUCUGUUUCAACUAUAAAGACGGACAUGUUUUCUCUUUCUGAGACCAUGGCAACAUUAAUUUCCUGUCCUUUUUCCACCCUUGUGUUAUGAGAAUGUACUAUGUGUUGAUGUUGCAAUUCUGGCAAUAUUUUGAAAGUCAAUAUUUAUUAAAUAUUUUUUAUGAAAAGAGAAAUUAAAAACUGUCACCGUUCUGGA